AUGUCAAAUCAAACGCGCCUGGGAUCCUUCAACACAUCGAACGUCGGUGUGAACAACUUUCUGGGGGCCCCCAUUCCAAAAAAUCAAGAUGGGUCCUACGCAGGUUUGUACGGUAUGUCAUCUGGGUCUAUGCCGAUAGGGCAGUCGCUUGAUGGCCUGCAUGCACCCUGGUCAUUCCCUAUGGGCAAUACAGGCUCCGCCAAUGCAGACAACAUGAACGAACAACAGACCCCUCACAUGUCGCAUCACGCAUCAACGCUUCUCCCACAAUCAUUCACCGGCGAGUAUGCUAGGUAUACGAGCGAGCCUCAGACCAUCAAAACAGAGGCGCUAGGUGAUGAAGCAGCCGUGCCUCUGCCUCAAGUACCUAGCGCGCAAGCCGCGGCACCUGCGCCUCAGAGAAGUGUGCCUCAAGCAGGUAUGCCGGUGUACCGGGAGCAACGCAAUUUGCCCCGCCAUGCGUCCAUGUCCGCGAUACCCUCUACCCCUACUAAUACGACGCCUGCGGAUACGAAUCAUGACCAUGACAACAACAACAACAAUACAUCGUCGCGUGCGAGUGGAAAGAAGCGGUCUAUGGCUAAAGGCGAGAAAGAUAGUCGAACAGGGCGCCGAAAGAUCAAGAUUGAGUUCAUUGACGAUGAUUCGCGUCGCCACAUCACCUUCAGCAAGCGCAAGGCUGGUAUCAUGAAGAAAGCAUACGAGUUGGCGACGUUGACCGGUACGCAGGUGCUGCUUCUGGUGGUGUCUCAGACGGGUCUGGUGUACACGUUUACGACGCCCAAGCUGGAGGCUGUCGUGAAACAGCCAGAAGGCCGAAAUCUCAUCCAAGAGUGUCUCAACGCGCCUGAUCCUUCCGAAGUCAAUGAUAACGAAGCCGAGGCGGGCCCUUCGACUGUGUCGUCUAUGGAAGGUGGCGCGAUUGGCGGCUUGCAAAUGGUCGGCGAGGAGCCGUACGAUGAGGAAGAAGACGAUGACGAGGAUGGAGACGAGCCGCUGGACAUUGGCCGAGCUGAUGCUGGUUUCACAGCGCAGGCCAUGGGUACAGCGGUGCCGGAUCUCGGUAGUAGCGACUCGUCCAAUGUGUUGGGGCACGCACCGCUCUUCCAUCCUGGAUGGACGCCCCUGUCCAACCGAUCCAUGGGCGAUGGUAGUGGCACUCCCUCUAUCAAACGGCGUCGCACACAGCCAAACUUGUCGCGAACGCAACGUUCAUCAUUGAAUACCGAGCCUGUCCCUGAGCUUCCGACCGACCUGUACCAUGCCUCGGCCAUGAUGUCGUCCAUGCCCGUCAACAACGUACUAGGCCAUGAACCCUUCCUUUCUUCCAACAUACCCAUGUUUCUUGGGCAAGAUCCAUCACUGGGCGCUGCGCCUUCGACCAGCCAUGAUGCGCCUGCCAACGACCGAGAGUCCUCCCAUACCUAG